CUCCCUCUGUUCCAUCCCUCUGUGUGGGAGACUGCUGACCAAAUGGGAAAGAAACACAACAUGAGAUCAAGUUCAGGUUUGGUGGAAAGCACAGGGUUGACAGAUAAAUUUACAUUUAAUCCUAAAGAGGGAAUAGACAACCCAGUGAUGGUCUCCACAGAAGACGCAGACUCUGUGUGGGCACCCAGCCCGCGUCUGUGUGUUCUUAAACAAGAGGAAAGGGAGUCCUAUGGCUUCCAUCUGCGGGUGGAGAGGGGACGCCAGGGUCACAUAAUCAGAAAUGUAGUGACAGGAGGGGUGGCUGGGUGCAGCGGCCUUCAAGAUGGAGACAGGCUUCUGAGAGUCAACAACAGCUAUGUUGACGAUGUCCCUCACCCUGAGGUGACUAGGAAAAUAAAGCUAAGUGGACAGCAGUUAUGUUUCUUAGUGUUGAAUGGGGAGGAGUAUGAGCAGGCUGUGUCCAAGGGUCUAGACCUCCGAGGUCUCGGCGGAGCUCACAAGGGGGAAGGCUGCAAACCACCCAGACUCUGCCACAUCACCAGGGAUCCCACCUCAGGCCUGGGCAUCAACUUCACGCCUGUGGAAGGAGAGAAAGGCUGCUUCUCUGUGAGCCUGGUCCCAGGAGGUGCAGCUGAAAAGGCAGGGGUGUGUAAGGGAGAUCGGCUGGUGUGGAUGGACGGAGCAACGGUGUCUGACCUCACACACUCUGCACUCAGCAGGAUGAUGAAAAAAUGUGGCGAUCACAUCACCAUCUUAGUGAUCGACUGUGAGAGUGAGAAGAACUACAUGCGACAGAGGAUGUCCAUCCUGCCCACCAUGGCGGUUCCACACAACCUGCCUUACAGGGCCAGAAAACUGCACCUGGGCUCCAGGCCUGAGGGGUACGGCUUCCUCCUUCGGCUGGAGAAGGCACCAUCAGGACGCACAUUUCAUGUGCUGCGUGAGAUGGAGAGUGGCAGUCCAGCAGAGAGGUCAGGUAUGCAGGAUGGAGAGCUGCUGCUGGAGGUCAAUGGGGAGUCAGUGGAGUCACUGAUGCAUGAUGAGAUUGUGGACAGAGUGAGGCUGAGUGGACAACAGGUCUCCCUCACCACCAUCACUCUCCAGGGGCUAGAGUUUUACACCCAGUUGGGUCUGUCACCUCUUCUCUUCAGUGAGGAUGGUGCUGUUGAGAGAGAAAAGGAGAGCAGCAUAUCAGCCUCUGCAGCAGAGCUGUCACCACAAAAGGAAGAAGACGGCUUGUGCAAGCCCAGACAUUGUUCUAUCCAAAAGGGCCCGUUGGGGUUUGGCUUUAACCUGGGAUGUUUCCCAGAGGGUCCUGGGACCUUCGUCAGCCAGGUGGCUUUUGGAGGCUCUGGGCAAAGUGCAGGAUUACUUGAGGGUGAUGUGGUGAUGGAAGUCAAUGGACAAAAUGUGGAGGAGAAGUAUCUGGAGGAUGUGAUUAUGCUUGUGAAGAAAGGAGGACAUUUUCUUUCCUUACUAGUCAUGGAGAAGUCUGGCUACAGCCAGCUGAAGCAGACUGAAACACCUACUAGAGAUAUCAGUGACAGUGAGGAGGAAGACAAUUAUGAGAUAACAUCUUUGUGAGCGUCAAAGACAUUCUGAAGACAAUCAACAGUCACAUAUAUCUAAUGAAGACAAUUCAAACUGAGUGAUUCAAAAAAACACGUUAUUAUUAUUAUUAUUAUUAUUAUUAUUAGAUUGGUCAAGAUUGCCUUAAUCUAAUUAGGUUUUACAAUGGAAUCCAAAAGAUGAAACAGAUAUUAUAAGCUAAAUGAAACUGCAAUGGCAUCAGUUGAAGAAAUGUUAUAAUGUGUAUUUGUGUAUGAUAUGAAAAUUUAUUUGUAUAAUAUAUAUACAUUCAGUGAUGAAAAACAUUUAGCCAACAAUUGCCACAUUUGAUCUUAUAAUCAGAAGAAAUACAGAAUAAAUAAAAUGCUCUGUGUCUUAAAGGACAUUAAUCUAUACUAUAUUUCUUAUCGUACGAAUAUGAAUUGAAACAAGUGGCUAGGUGAAAUUAUAAAACACCUUUGUAAAUCUAAAAAGCUAUCCCUUUGAUCAGCAGUAAUUUAAAGUAUUGGGGACAAAUGAAAAUAAAAACUGGUACUGCGCUUGUGUUAUAUAAAAGUGUAAAUUGUAUUGUAGUCGUUGGAAUGAAGGGGUUGUAAGAGUGUGUGUGUUUUAUGUACAGUAUUAAGCAUAAAACAUUA